GACCAGGCAGCAGACCAAUAAGAGGACAGGUAGCAACAGGUGAGCAGUAGAAACGCACCUGACCUGCUCACCUGCAACACAACACCGAGGCGGAGGCGAGCGCGGCUCACGGUACUCCUGGGACUUUAUAUCCGGACCGAAGGGACCGGAAACCGGAGAAGCGAGGACCAUUUGACCACCCCGUUUGGACCGAACAGACGAGAGUUUGCGUCGGAGGCUGUGAGGAGUUUCUGCCUGGACUCGGAUUAUCCGGUCCACAUAAUCCGGGUUAUGACAAUGCGUUCAGCGUCCGGUACCGGCACAAGCCACUAGUUCAGUUGCGUUCCGUUUUUAUAUAAGUGUGACUGGAUUCGGUUCGGGUCCUGGUUCUGGUCCCCGCAUCAGCAUGGAGGCCUUGAGGCAGUUCGGUAAGAAGCCGCAGGGGAAGCUCGCCUCCCGGCUGGAGGAGGUGAAGAGCCCGUGGCGGCAGGGCUCCGCGCUGGAGCUGAGCCACAACGAGGCGGCCCGGCUGGCCACAGACGCGCUACUGGAGCACGGAGAGAAGGAGUACCGGCGGGUCCUGACGGACGAGCGGGAGCUGAACUUCCUCUCACAGCCCGAGAUCCGGUACAUCACUCAGUACGCAGCCAGCAGAAGCUGCGGUUCCGACAGCAACCCCAACGACCGGGACUUCGGGGACGGAGACGCCGUGUCCGAGCUGACCUCCGGGACCUACUUCCCCAUGAUGUCCGACGAGGAUCCGCCGAUGCUGGAGCUCGGCUGGCCGGACUCUGUGACAAAGGUCGGACCGUCAGAGAGCAAGAUCUACUUCCAGAGGGACAAGUCCCAGAACAUCAAAGACCUGAUCCGAAACCUGAUCAACAGGGCUAAGAAGGUGAUCGCGCUGGUGAUGGACAUGUUCACUGAUGUGGACCUGCUGUGUGACCUCAUGGAGGCGUCUAACAAGCGGAGGGUCCCCGUCUAUGUCCUGCUGGAUGAUAAGAACCUCAGUCACUUCACUGACAUGUGUUCAGCGCUGGACAUUCAGAGCUCACACCUGAGUAACAUGCGUAUCCGCAGUGUUUUUGGAGAAACCUACUGCACCAAAAGUGGGAAGAAGUUCACUGGUCAGGUGAUGGAGAAAUUUAUGAUCAUCGAUUGUGAGGAGGUCAUCGCGGGGUCAUACAGGCACAGCAACAUGGUGAUGCAUUUCUCAGGUAGCAUCGUCGACAGCUUCGAUCGAGAGUUCCGCUGCUUGUAUGCCGACUCGCAGGUGAUCGACCGCUUCUCCAACCAGGAGGAUGAGGGGAUGUCUUACCCCCCCCACCAGAUCAUGAGGCACUCUGGAUUUAACCUCGGCGUCAGAGAUCUGUUGGAUAUGGAUUCCCUCAACGACAGACAACGGGAACGGGCCUUCUCUGAAAACUCCAGCAGCCAUUCCAGCAACAGCGUCUCCAGCAUAAAGGCUGCUCCUGGGAUGAAGCCCAACCGCGUCUACAACAUCACUCUGAACGACGAGAAGGAACCAGCUGGUUCUUCUCAUCUCAGUCCAGAGAGGAGAGGUCUAGGUGUUGCCAAGGUGCUGGGACUACCCCCCACAGUUAGAGACUCUUCUAAUGGAGGAGCCAACCCCAGUGCUAUCUCCGAUCGCCCGCCGCCGGCCUACAGUCAGAAAAAGGUUAAUGGGUGGAACAUGAUCAGUCCAGAAAUAAACCAGGGGAACGUCUUUGGCCCUUCUUCAAAGUUCCAAGAACUGUCUCUCUACGACCGCAAAUAUCUCCCAAACCUGAACCCAAACCUGAACCCUAAGGGCCAGAGGAUUCUCCCAGCCAAUGACAAGAGACCUUACCCAAAGCAUUGGUCGCCCGUGUCUUGUGACAAUUUCUCAGACGUCGAACCAGCCAAAGAAAAAGAACCGCACAACUUCCGAAGGUCCCCGUCCCCUCGUGGCUCUUCUCCGUGGGUGGAAUCAGUUCUUUGUUCGCCUGAACAAGAGACCCUUCAGGGCCCCCUACCCCCAACCUCUCCACCAGCCUUCAUAAACCGCCAUGACCAGAAGAGAAUGACGCUGGGCCACAGCAAACUGGAUCUGGUGAACCAGUACAACAAGAAGCCAAAGCAGGUGUACAGUCGCUUUGAGCUGAAGAACUCCAAUUAACCCAGGAAGGCUUCCCCUGGCCCGCAUCUACCUACCUCCGACCUCUGACCCGCUUCUUUAUUCUGAUUUCCAUCUCUGAGGACUCAUCAAACCUCCAGGCACUGUUCUCUGAACUAGCAUCUCUGCCAUGUCCAAGUCACGCAUUACAAACUCUUCAGCGUCAACCGCUCAGACCCAAAAGACAUGACCACUUGUACUGAUUAGAACGUCUCAGCCUCUUCAGACACACGAACGCUAGCACCGUGGUGGAAAUCUGAGACGAUUUAUUUAAAGUUUUUAGCUAAAAUUCUCCAGGAAAAGUUUAUACUAAUUAUCUUCUUAAACUCUUUUUGUGGUUUUGUUAUGAAAAUGUAUCUUAAUGUUUUGUGAAGAUGAAAACGUGUUCGUGUGGACACAUCUGGUCUUUAAAGCUUUUCUAUUUCAAACCGGGUUUAUAGACCGUCAGAGCGGCUAGAUUUUAUUUCCAAUCUGCAGAUUUGAUCUGACUGGAUGAACCGUUGAGCUAACACACCUGUGCCGUGUCGACAGGUAAAAACAUGCAGGUGAGUCGCAGCAAAGACGUUUCUGAAACAGAAGAUUUCCCAGAAUGUGUGUAUUUUACUGUAGUUUGUACAUCAGAAAUCACUGAUUUGAAAAUCUUUAAUAUUUUUUACACGUGUAGUGUAACGGAGUUAAAACAUCUCUGAACUCGUGCCUUUUUCAUCCUGCCUUAGCCUCGGAUAGCCUGUGCUUUUAAAACAAAAGAAGGUUUUCCUUCCUGCUGGAGUAUAGGUCACCGGGAAUGUGACGUUAAACCUGGAAUAGAUUUUAGGGCAUUUUAUUUACAGCAGAUGACAUAGAUGCAGAUUUUUUAUAUCGGUUUACGAAACUCAUCUGUUUCUCAUCAUCACUCUUAUAUCUGAGUUUAUUCCUCUGGCUUGAAUUGUAUUUGUUAGUAUCCAGAUGUUUUGAGUUUUGUUCAGUAAAUGUCUUUCAAAGUUUGGGAUUUCAACCGCUGGCAAUAAGGAAUGAGCGUGCUCGUGUGUGUCUGCUCCAGUUUACAGCUUUUAUUUCUGAAUGUGGUUGUUUUUUUACACUUUCAGUUUACCUCCCACACAUCCUGUGUGUUCACUGUACAUAACGUCUGAAUUCAUUGUUUGGGGUUUUAAAGUUAUUGUUUAAAACGUUUAAAAAAGCUUUUCAUUUACAAUUUUCAUGGGAAAAUGUGGUUAGUUUAAUUUUUGUGCAACAGUAAAUUUUUAUUAUGAACAGACUUGAAUAAACACAAAAGUGCAUCACGUUUGA